AUGGCCUCUUUGAAGAGCAAUGAUAAACUUUCUGUGGGCUCAAUACAAAGAGUGUUGAGCUCAACUUCAAAUAGUUCAAAUGGUGUUGUACGUCCUGAAUCAAAUGGCAGUACAAAUUCAACUGAUAAACACAGUUUCAAGAAGUCAAAUACUAGAACUUGGUCACUAUGGGGGUCUUCUGAGGUUGCUACUAGUACAAUUCCAGUUGAUAAUAAUGACAAUAGUCAAAAGACAAACUCCGAUGUUACUGCAACUUUAGUAAAGGAUAAUGUACAAUCAACUACAGAAAAGGAUGAUACCAGUACUGGAACAAACAAUAGUAACACUACGACAAGUAAAAAAUCAUCUUCUGUACCAUCUUCUCCAAGUCUUCAAGUAACUACUCAGGAUACUAGAUCAAGAGGUUGGUCCUUUUUAAGUAGAGGUUCAAAUAGUAAUCAGAAUACAACUGUAAAUUCUAAAAAGGUAUUACCAAUUACAAAUUUAGUCAAACCUUUAUCCAACACUAUCAUCUAUGAUGAUCAAUUAGAUAACUCUUCAGAAUUACAAAGAAAUAAUACCCCUAUUAGUGAUACAGAGACUAAAUCAUUAGAUGAAAGUUUAAUAAAUCCCAAUAUUGUAGUACCCAGUUUUGAUGUAUUGCCAAAGGUAACGACAUGGUCUACUGUCUCAACAUCUAUUUCAAAAAUUGCAACAAAUUUAAAUCUAAUUGCGAAAAGACCAAGAGAAAAAUUCUUAUACAAUCAAGGCCCUCAUAAAAAAUUGUUCGAACUAUCUAAUAAAGGAACUAAACCAAUAAAAGUAUUAAUCAUAGGCGUCCAUGGUUUCUUCCCAACUAGAAUGAUUAGACCAUUUAUUGGUGAACCAACAGGAACUUCAGCAAAAUUCAUAACAGAAGCUGAAAAAAUUGUAAGGAGUUAUUUUAGUAAAUACAAUACACCUAUUGAAAUAAAUAAAAUUGCCUUGGAACGUGAAGGUAAAGUUUUAGAAAGAGUAAACUUCUUUUAUGACACUUUGGAAAAUAAUAUCAAUGAAAUAAAUAGUGCAGAUUUCAUCUAUUUUGUAGCACAUUCACAAGGUUGCCCUGUAACAAUUAUCUUAUUAGGAAGAUUAAUCGACACAGGUAUUAUACGUCCAAACACAUCAUAUUUCGAUAGCAAUGAUGAAUUACCAUAUUCUUCAGGUAAAAAAGUUAUUUCUGUUUUAGCAAUGGCAGGUGUCAAUAAUGGUCCAUUUUAUGGCGCCGACCAAACUCUUUUCGUUCGUGCAUAUUCAACAAUCGAAAGUGACUCCUUAAAAGAAUUAUUUGAAUUCCAAAAAUUUGAUUCAACCCUAUCUAGGAUGUAUAUCCAAAAUCUAAAAACGAUAAUUCGGAGAAAUGUAAAGAUCACUUUUGUUGGAUCAAUUAAUGACCAACUAGUCCCAUUAUAUUCAUCAAUAUGUUUAUUUGCUCAUCAUCCAAAUAUUUUUAGGGCAACAUUUAUUGACAGAGAUUCAAGAACUCCAAAAUUUAUAACUAGAAUUGUUGAUAUCGCUGGCAAACUAAUAGAUCUAGGCCAUGAUGAUCACGGAAUAAUUAAAGAAAUCAGUUCAUCAUUGGCGGGCCCAUUGACUGGCGGUGGACAUUCGACAGUAUACAACGAAGCUCAAGUCUACGAAUUAGGAAUAAAAUUUGCAUUAGAAACGUCUGAUAUCCCAGAAGAGACUCCAGUAGGAUACAGACCAUAUAAAUUGUCACAACUAGGUAACAAUCCUUAUAACCUACCAUGGUGUAUGCGUGGCUUGAUAUACGAAACAAAUAAAUAUUUAGACAGAGGAGAAAUUGAUUUGUUAAUUAAGGAAUUUGAAGAAUGGGAACCAAAUACAAAAGUACUAAAAGAUGUAAAAUAUAGGUUAAAUGGUCUAAAAUCAAAAUUAUGA